AGAUUGAACUUCUGAAGCAUUUUGACAUCAUCCAGGAAACAGAAACAAGACACUUCUUGUGGAUGGAUGUGACCUGAUGUGUUCCUUCAUCCCAUUUUUGGGUGGUCCGUAGAAGCAGUCUCCCCUCUCUCUCUCUCUCUCCAAACAUGCAUCCCUGUGAGGUACUUAAUACAGAGCUGGGCUGGUUUUAAGCAAAGUUUGCAGGGAGGAGACGAGAGAGUACAGUCCAAGCAUCUUCAACAGGAGAGGACCGUUUGAAUCCUGAUAACAGCAGAUUCACUCUUCAGACAUGGAGUCAAAGCCAGGGGGUGAAUCAGAGCCGCUGACCAGCGAGAAACUGGCUUCCAUCGAGGAUGAAGAAGUUCUCAACAAGAUGCUGGACGGUGCAGCUGGUUUUGAAGAGAGGAGGAUGAUUCGCGCAGCGUUAAGAGACCUGCUAAAGAAAAAGAGGGAUAAGCGGGAGCAGGACCGAGGGGUGAGGCAGCAGGAGCUGAAGAAGAGUGGAACAACAGUUAGUGUUGGAAGAGCCUCCAUGAACCAACAACCCUCAGCUCACAAGCCUGCAGGCCAGCCAGCAUCCUCCACUCCAGGGAACAAAACAGCAGUCAGAGAGAGUUCCGCUGCCGCCUUUCCCCAGAAAUGUACUUCGUCUGAAGCACCCAACGCUAAAAAUGUCAAACAAAUGCUUCUGGACUGGUGCCGGGCCAAAACAGAACCAUAUGAGGGAGUGGACAUCCAGAACUUCUCCUCCAGUUGGAAAGACGGGAUCGCCUUCUGCGCCUUGGUGCACCGAUUCUUCCCCGACGCCUUUGAGUACUCCAUCCUCAACCCCAACAAGCCCAGAGACAACUUCCAGCUGGCGUUCAGCACCGCAGAGAGGUUGGCAGGCUGCCCCCCUCUGCUGGAUGCUGAUGACCUGGUCCGGAUGAGGGAGCCGGAUUGGAAGUGUGUGUACACGUACAUCCAGGAGUUUUACCGCUGCCUGGUGGAGAAGGGUCUUGUCAAAACUAAAAAGCGACCUUAGUGUCAGACAGCGGCUCUCAGGAGUCAUUUUGAAGUAAUAAAACAGAUCAUUUACUGGCCCCGAUGUGAGGUCUGAGAGAUGUCGCUUCUGUCUUUUAGCUAAAUAUUUACAACCCAAGCCACUGGAGGGUAAAUCCACAGAGAUUUAUGGGUAACAUCUGGAUUAGUUUUCCUGCUAGCAGAGAAUUAUUGGUGUCAGUGUGAACAGCUGUUGCUUAAAAUCCCUUCAUUCCGCUGAGAUUACACAUCUGGAUUAAUGUGAUCACCACGAUGAAGCUGAGAGUUUUUGAAUUUAAGGUCCAGUAAAUAAAUGAUUAUAAAUGAA